AACCACCGAAGAAGAACGGGGCAUAUGAUGCACACCCUCCGCCAAUAUGAAGGCACCCAGGGCAGUCUCUGCCUUUGAUUUUAAAGAAUAAGCCUUGGUGUUUCUACAAGUGCUGAAUCCACCACCUGGACUGAAGUAGAUGCGUCGCCGAAUUAAUAUCUUGGUCCUGCAGAAUGUCCAAGAUCAGGCGGAAGGUAACAGUGGAGAAUUCAAAAACCAUAUCUGAUAGCAGCACCACCACCACGACCAGCAGCACCAGCAACCCCGCCGCCCCCUCCCGCCGGCCCAGUGUUUUUGAAAGACUUGGCCCCAGCACUGGGAGUAAUGCUGCGGAUAGUCACUGUAGAAAUUGGCUGAAGACCGGUAAUUGCAGUUACGGCAACACUUGUCGCUACACACAUGGAACUCAGCCACGAGGCAAAGGAUUUAGCUUUAGUCGGUCAGCCGAGAGACCCACAGGUGAUCUGCGGGAGAGGAUGAAGAAUAAAAGACAGGAUGUUGACCCAGAAAACUUAAAGAGAGACUUAGACGAGCCCACAACCCCCCCAGCGAGACAGAGAGACUCCUCCAGAGGCCGACACAGGGAAAAGGAGGAUAUAAAGAUAACAAAGGAGCGCACCCCAGCUAGUGAAGAAGAGCCCACAGAGUGGGAAACCAAUCGUGAAGAUUCGGAUAUCGGUGACUACGACUACGAGUUAUCUUUAGAGAUGAAGCGCCAGAAGAUUCAACGUGAGCUGAUGAAGUUGGAGCAGGAGAACUUGGACAAGAGGGAUGAGAUUGUCAUCAAAAAAGAUGAGACCCCCACCAAAACGAGAGCCACCGCUGUGCCGAAGGCCUCCCCAGAGCCGUUAAGUAAUAAAGAUUCACCCUCAUCCAGGAAGACCAGUGGAUCCCCAAAACACAAAAGUGGAACCAAAGGCCUAGGCUCUGGGAAGAAAGAGAAGAAGGCACCAGUGGCCUCACCUGUUACAGAAUCUACCAGGCCUACAAAAGGGAGCCACAGUAAGAAGAAAGGGCCCCGUACCCCCAGUCCUCCUCCCCCUGUCCCUCUGGACAUUCCUGUGAUGAAGAAGCACAAAGGAAAGCACAAAAACAAGGAGAAGUCUGAGGAGAAGCAGAAGGAGGCGAAAGAUCGUGGGCGAGAUGCAGAAAAACACAAAGAGAAGAAGGAAAAGCGCAGGGACCGAUCAGACAGUUCCCACAAGGCCAAGCGGUCAGUGACGUCAGAGGAGCGUUCUGGUAGUGUGUCAUCUCCCUCUCGGGGCACCACACCCCCAGCCAGGAAGAAAUCCAGCUCUCCUAAAGCGUCAUCCCAUAAGACCCCCGUACUGGCCUCCCCUCCUCGCAGGUCUCCCUCUCCUCCACGGCACCAGCGCACCCCCACUCCUCCCCGCCACAACUCUCCCUCCUCCCACUCUGGUUCCUCUGCCCAGCGGCACUCUUCGUCUCCUCGUCGGCGCCGCUCGUCUCCCCUACCUACCACCGGAGCACGGCGGCCCCGGCCUCAGGCCUCCUCCCCUCCGAGCUCCCGCCGAUCCCGAUCACCUCCCGCCUCCCACGACACCUCCUCGCCCCACCGCCGAUCUGACCGAUCCAGCCCCAGCCAGCGCCACUCCAGGGGUCGGGAGAGGAGCCGCGGUGAACGAGACAGGAGUCCGCCUGCCCAGGAGCGCAGACCGGAGCGCAGAGAUGAAAGCCGCAGCAAGCGAGAGAAGGACAGCCUUCGUGACGACAGGGACUAUGACUCUGAACAGGUGUCAUCACGGGACGCUCGCGACGACCGGGAGACCAGAGAGGCUCGUGAGCGACGAGAAACUCGCGAUCGAGGAAGGGAAACGACCCGAGAGUCUCGCGACCACCGAGACAACAGGGACGUAAAGGACUCCAGAGAGAGCAGGACAGAGACCCGCUCCAGUCGAGAGUCGCUGGAGCGCCGAGACCGUGAACGGGAGAGAGAGAGGGAACGGGAGAAGGAGAGGGAGAAGGAAAGAGAGCGAGAAAAGGAGAGAGAGAGGGAGAGGACUGACACCCACAGGAAGGAGGAACCGCCUCAGGAGGACAGGAGUUAUGGGAGGGGACAUGGGCGUGAAGAUGGAGGGAGAGCUGAAGGAAGGACUGACAACAGAUCAGACAGAGCUGAGAGGAACGGACGAGGGAGGGGGCGAGCUAAUGAUGCAUCUGAUAAAGGCUCGAACAGAAACUCCCGGGGUUCCCAGCUGGAAAGCAGCCAUGAAAACUGGGAGUCGCGGAGCAGCGCGGUGCGGGAACGGAGCCCAGAGAGGAGCGCAGAUCGCAGUGCUACCGAAAGGAGCUCUGAGAGGGGUUCAGACCGAGAUCGCUAUGAUGGUGAGAGAAGAGGAGAGCAGGCCCGAGACUCCUCGUAUGACCGGAGAGGAGGGCACGGAGAGCGGGAUCGUAGAGACAACCGAGAGAGAGGCGGAGAUCAAAGAGCCGCAUCCCCAAAUAGACACCAGGGGAGAUCAGAAGAGUCUGAGAGGGAGGAGAGGAGGGACGAGCGCAGGACAGAUCGAACAGAAGAUAGACGAGAUGACAGGACCCGUGACCGGGAGCGAGAGAGGGAGAGGGAGAGAGAGCGGGAGAAAGAGAAAGAGAAGGACAGAGAGCGAGACAGGGAGCGGGAAAAAGAGCGAGAGAAGGAGGCCGAGAGGGAGCGGGCCAGGGAGAGAGAGAGAGAGCGGGAACGAGAGAAGGAGAGGGAGCGAGAGAGGGAAAGGGAACGCGAGGAGCGGGAGAAAGAGAGGGAGGAACGGGAGAGGGAGAGGAGGGAUAGGGAGAGAGAUAGGGAGCAGCGGGAGAGAGAGAGGCAGCGGGAAUGGGAGGAGCGAGAAAGAGGAAGAGAGGAAAGGCGGGAGAGGAGAGAUGACACCAGGGACGACCGGCCCGUUAGAGACACCCGGGACGACCGCAAGACGAGUCGUAAGAGGCCCAGGGUGGAGAGCAGCCCGAGCCCUCGAGCGUCGCCUAAGCGAGCACUUCGGGACUUCAGUCCUGCAGACAGCGACGGCUACAACAGUACAGAAGAGAAAAGUGAGCGCCCGAUUGGCCGAGGGCAGCCCAAGCUCCACCCACAGCCCCUCCUCCCCAGCCCAGUGUGUCCGCAUCCAUCUGACAGUGCUGACAAAAAUCGUUUGCUGAGCCAAGUGGUGCGGCCCCAGGAGCCUCUGUUGCGUUCUCCACCGCGGGCUUCUCCAUCUGAUGAGAAGCCCAGUCACUGGAAGGAUGAAGAGCGCAGAGGAGCCGCGGACAAAAGGGAAACGCGCAGCCGCCAUGAAGACCUGGAGCCUCGUGGGGAACGAAACAGAGGAGGCGACAGACGAGCAGAGCACCUUCCAGAGCCCCUGUCUGACUCCCGUAGCAGAGGCAGAGACCAGCGAGAGCCCACGCCACCGCCCCCUCCCCCUCCCCCUCCGCCUCCUCCUCCAGUCCUCGCCACUGUUAGCGUCGAAAAAGACACCGCUGUCUCCCAGUCCCAUGAGGAGGGUAAAAAGAAGACAAAGUCUCAAAGGAAGGGCUUGAAGAAGGGUCGCAAAGAAGACGAGAUUGGCGGAGGCAACAGCCUGGCUGCUGCAGGAGAUCGUUCCAACCCUGAGCCCCCAGCCAGCGUCCCUACAGAAGCACCUCCACCCAUACACUCGCCCAGGAAAGUAGCCAAGAAGAAGGCGCUUGAACGAAAGAGGAAACGGUCGCGAGAACGAGAAUCUGAUGUGUCUGAUGAGGAUUCAUCUGCCGCUCAGCACCAUAAUAAGAAGAAGAGAGGUCCCCGGACACCACCGCCGUCAAUGAGGCCUGAUAAUCGUGUUACUGGAGGCAACAAAGAGCCAUCUCCUCGGUCCAAAAUGGACAAUUUCAGUGACUGGUCAGAUGAGGAGGUUACAGAAAGAGGAGUCCCACUGGAAACACAAGCUCCACCGGCUCCUGCUGAGCCUCCUAAGAGAGCUGGUGCUCCCAGAGUGGGCAGGGACAGGGAGCGGUGUAACCCUCCUUCCAUCGCCCCUCUGCUCCCCCAAGAUCCUCCAAUGCUGCUGCCGACUCUGACUCCGCAGCCCCUCAUGUCCCAGCCCCUGCUCCGGAAACUUCCCCCGGAGCAGACGCGCAGCAGCAGCAUGGGAAGCAACCAGAGCCGCACAUCGUCCAGACGCCUGCGUUCACCCUCCAACGAGUCAGCCCAUAGAGAGGACCCGCAAGGUACACGACCCCGCCGGGGAAGGCUGCAGGGCACCAACUCUCGGGACCGAGAGAGAGAACGGGAGAGGCCGGUCGUGAACGAGCCUCCAGGGGCCGAGAGGAAGUCUCGAAUUGACCAGUUGAGGAGAGGAGAGCCCAGCCGCAGCACCUCCUCAGACCGCCAGGAUUCACACAGCCACAGCUCCAGGCGCAGCUCUCCUGACUCCGAGAGGCAGGCCACGUCCAGGUCCCGCGCCGGCUCCUAUGACAGUCGAGAACGCGAGAGAGACAGGGAGCCGUUUGAGCGGGACCGAAAGGAGCUCCGGCCUCAGCAACCGCAGCAGCAGCAGCAGCAGCAGCAGCAGCAGCAGCAACAGCCCCUGCUUCUCCAACAGCCUCUACAGCAACCAAGAGACUGGGAGCCUGAACCUCGGGACUGGCCUAGCAGGGGACGCGAGCCCCUGCUGAUGCGUCCUGGCCGGGAACCUCUCCUGAGGGAGCGGGACAUCAGGGACAGGGAACGCUUACUCCCUGAAGGACUCAUCCAGCAGCAUGAGCGGGAGCGGGAAAGAGAGCGAGAGAGGGAGCGGGAGAGAGACAGCCGAGGUGAUAGAGGCGGCGAUCGAGAGAGGGAGCGGAUGAUGAUGAUGGACCUACCGCCCCACGGGGACCCCAGGGGGCCAGGACGAGGGGACCUGAGGGGUGAUAUGAGAGGAGACCUGCGAGGGGACAUGAUAAGACAGGAGAGGAGCGAGUAUGAGCCUCUGCUGCCAAGAGAAGCCUUCAGCCCUCCAGAGCUGGAGAAACCGAUCAACAGUCACCAUCUCAUGGGAGAGCAACGGGAGCUGGAGAAGACAGACACGGCUGUGUUCUCAGGGGACGAUGAUGGAAAAGAAGACGAUGGCCAGUCAGUCGCUUCUGUGGGAGAGGAGUAUGAACCAAUCAGUGAUGAUGAGCUGGAUGAAAUUCUGGCUGACAGCCAGAAAAAAGAGGAUCAGCAAGACGAGGAGAAAAUUACAGGUCCUCUGGAUGUCAUCGAUGUGGACUGGUCCAGCCUGAUGCCCAAACAGAAGCCAGAGCCCCGGGCAGCAGGGGCCGCGCUGCUCCGGUUCACCCCAGGGGCCGUGCUCCUUAGAGCAGGCAUCUCUAAGCGACUCGCUGGGCCUGAGCUCCUGGAGCAAGUCAGAGAGGUGUGCAAGUCUGAGCUGGACGACCCCAAAGAUGCUGACAAGCUGUUUGAGCAUGACCUGGGGGCCCUGAAUAUGGCAGCCCUGAACAGGCGGGUGGAGAGGGCAGGUUUACUGAGAAACCUCGGGCCCUGCUGCAAGGCCCUGUGUGCCCGCAGGGACUUCGCCAUCCGCCGGCAGCUGUUAAAGAAUGACAAGGGCCUAACCAAGCAGUACCCCACUACGCCCGUGGUAGACAACGAGCUGCUGCAGAUGAGCAUGCGUCUCUUCAGAAGGACCAUGGCUGGCCAGGCUUCGGCCUCGGCCCCGGCAAGAUCCGUCGGCAGGUCAGCGCCGGCAGCCGAGGUCGCUCCAGCUGAUGAUAGUAAGCUCAGCACAGCACAGCCCGAGGUGUGCGUGUCCUGAAAGAAAUGGGUUUGUUUAGUCAAACACAUAAAAGUGAAGACAUCUAACUCUCCUUGACUCAGUCUCAUUCCAUUUCAUACAUAGUCAUGAGAGGAAAUAAAGGAAAGCAGCAAAAUUCUGAAUCUUACUCAGUUAAGCUUUACAGGUUUUGGAUGAUUUGCUGUGACAUAGACUACUGGACAUUGUAGCCUAUGGAAGUGUGUAAUCAACCAUGUAUGAGAAGCCUGAAACACACCUGAAAUGACUUCAUGUUUUUUUUUUGUGCAUUCCAAUGUUUUAGAGCAGCUUUUUAAUUGUCAGUUUCACCGGCCUAACCAAGUUCAAAUGACUGUUUUGUUUUCGUACAUUGUGCAUUGGUUAAGUGCAUUAAAAUGGUUAGAUGUUGAUUUUUGUAACGGGUCUUCUGCUUUGUAUGAAGUGACUGUUCAGCCUUCAAAUAAUGUGACACGUGAUGUUCUUACUAUUUGUUUACAUCAUAUUACAAAAUGUCUGCAGAGCAAAUGAAAAGCAUUUGCUGCAGUGUUACUGAGCGACAACACUGAAACGUCCUGCAGGGACUUGAAAGCACUGCCAAACUAUUCCUUCAUUGAAUGUAAUUUGUUUUAACUGUUAAACAUUAUUGCUUUUUGCUUGAUGUAUGUUUUGAAUGGUUUGGCAAUGUCUACCUGAAAUGAACUGAAGUGAGUGCAGAGCACACUAUAGACUGCAAAGUACCAGAUCUCCAACACUGCCAUGUGGAAUUCCUCCUCUUAAAGUUCACCAGCCCACACCAUCCAAAAAAAAGGAGCCAAAAUGUUCCCAAUAGGAAAAGACACUAGACUGCUUUUAGAUUUUUUUUUUCUUUUUAAAUGACUGAAAGGAUAAGUAAUUUGUGCUCCAGUGGUUGAGCAGCCAGUCACAAUAAAAAGACUUGUACAGGUGGAUAAACUGAACCUCUUGGGAUGUGGUUGUGUCAACACUCUUAGUAGAACUUCAAAAGGGCAGGUCGUGCAUGCUGUGAGUGUUCGGACACAAAUUCAAUGGACAAACCAGCUUCAAUGUUCCACUGAACAGCUUAAAGAACAUAAUAAAAAUGGAAUAAGGUUGUUAUGUUAGAGCCUUGGAUUCAACAUGACGCCUCCCGGCCAUGCAACUCGAAGUGACAUUACAGACAUGAAGAGAUUGGGCUCUGAUUGAGUCUGACUACAACUCUAUGGUGUUGGAAAACACUUUUCCUACUACAUAUUUAUUUUGUCUAAGGUAAGGUACAUUUUGAGAUGUGCAAGUAAUGAAAUCUGGUUUAAUGCUGUAUUUUUUAUUUUAUUUUUACUGUAAAAUAAAUGUAGAAUUUUCAUUUUUA